UAUAAGUAUUGGAAUGUAUUCAUUUAUAUUUACUUAUUUAGCAACCCAAAGAGUUAAAACAAUUAAUUUCAUGUUUAAUGUUUAGCAACACAGAGUGCAUGUGUGAAUAUAUGAAAGUGUCAAUUCCAUUGCUCCAACCAAUCGCAAGUCUGCUUUAGCCUAAUUUGUGUGAUAUUGUGAAAUUUGUGUAAUCAUGGAUCGGUGUUCCUAUACACCGACGCCGGCAGCCAGCAUCAGCAGCAGAUCCGCAGAUAUGUGGUGGUGAUGAUAUAGAGUAUUAUCAUUCACACCCACCCCCUAACACCAUGCUUUUAUCACUGAUGCAGUCCAGCAGCGACUCAGGAUAACUCCAGUUUUUUACUGUUUACUAUGCUUAUUGUAUAGCAGCGAUUGUCAGGAAGUUGAAGAAGCUGCUCCGUGAGGGAUAAGGUAGCAUCGAAAUAUGGCUGAGGAAAACGGAUCGAACUCGGACGUUGGCUCCCAGGAAAACCUGACUGCCGAACUUUUGAAUCUGGAGAUCGAGGAGCUGGACGAUGCCGAGUACGCGAUUCCUGCUGUGGACAAGCUUCCUUCACUGGAGAGCAUACUGGCAGAGCCUGACUGUGGCUCUCUGUCUGGGACAGACGAUGACAUGGGUGCACCCUCUCUUGAGAAAUUGUCCACCAGUGAGACCGUCAGCGUGGGUAGUUUGUUGUCUCUCAAUUCGCCAAGUAGACCAAAGUCACGCCAACCACCUCAUUCUGGAGUUAUUCUCAGGCAUCUCAUGUUGAAGGGAUGCUGUGCCCAGAUUGCUUCUGCUAGUGAAAAAAUCAAUGCUGGUCUAGCAAGUGCUGUAGCAGCUGGCUUGAAUAUGAUAGCCAUUGGAACCAGUCACGGGCUAGUACUGGGCUUUGAUUCUGGACAAACUUUAAGGUGGUGUUACAGAGAUACAAAGCACCAAGGCUCCAUUUCAGCUCUCGGUUUUAAUCAUGAUGGGACAAGAGUUCUGGCAGGCUUUGCCAAAGGAUACAUCCUCAUGAUUGACAGCUCCGAUGGCAAAAUACUUAGAACUCUUACAGACGUUCAUCCUCCAGGAACUGCAGUUCUGCAUGUCAAAUUUACAGAUUCUCCAAAGUUAGCUCUAUGCAGCGACAGUGGUGGUUCAGUGUUUGAACUGACCUUCACAAGAACAAUGGGUAUGAGAGGUUGCGAUAGCAAAUGCUUAUUUAGCGGUUCUAGAGGGGAAGUUUGUACCCUGGAACCUUUGCUGUUGAAUGAACUACCUGUCCAUCCCUUAAAAAAUUAUACGCUCGUCGCGAUGGCUACGUUAUCCAAGGUCCUCGUCGUGUGCAUUCGUCCCAGGAUGCGCGUCGUUUUAACGCAUCCCUUGAGCGGCAUGGCUAUAGCUCCACCACAGGUCGCUUGGCAAUUGGUGGCCGUUAGGUCAGUCAAUGCUACGAGAAUCAUCGAUCCCGUGCUCGCACUCGGCAGAGACAGCGUCGUAAACUUUUAUCAGGUAUGCAGCGAGGCAGGGAUGCGAGUGCGCUUGAUACCCUUGAGGCGCAUUGUUUUGACGUACACUAUGAGCUGUCUACGCUGGAUGAACUCGCAUUCCUUAGCUGUGCUGGAUAUACAGGAAAAGAUGCAUUUACUUGACGUGCGAAGCCAAGAAAACCUCGAGACGCUGGAUGUCAGCAACGUUAGUUUGUCAUACGCUUCCAGUCACUUUAAGGGUCUUUCCACGGGCGGCAACGUGUCUAAAGCCAUGGCCUUGGCCGGUGAACGAGCUUGCUACAACACGGUGGUGAAUUUCGGCUCGUCGCUCUUGCUGCUUGGAAUGAAAAGCUUGCACACGAUUUGCGUGAGAACUUGGACCGAGAGAUUGAGGCAUUUAACACUGCAGAAGCGAUACCGGGAAGCGUUGGAGCUUGGACUUGACUUCUAUCGCGAUAAGGGAAAAGCUGUUGUCGGAUUACACGGCUCGAAGCAGCGACGCAAGCAAAUAGUUCAAGAUAAGGUGUGUCAGGUAUUGUUGCGCUUUAUGGAAGAGCUGCCUCAAGCGAGCGUUGUAGGAGCCGAGUCAAAUGACAACAGCAAUGUCGAGCUUGAGAUUGUCUCGACUUGCGUCGAGUAUUGCAUACAGCUCGAGUGUACCGAGCUCCUGUUUGGCAAACUUUGGGAUCUGGUAUCCGAAUCCGAAGGUUUGAGGACGGCGUAUCUGCGUGCCCUUGAAUCCCCACUGAUGGAUGGCAGUCUGUCGCCUCAGCUACCACCUUUUAUAGCUCAGCAAUUGGUUGCGCUUUAUAAUCAAGAGGACCGGCUGGAUUCGUUGCAGGCUAUCAUCAUUCUCCUGAACGUUGAUUGUCUCGACUUUCAUCAAGUGACUAAAAUUUGUGACGAACGUGGUUUGUGGGAAGCGCUGAUACAUUUACAGACGGCGGCUCUGGCCGACUACACGGCACCAAUACACCAACUGGUGCCAGUGUUGCAGAAACAUUUAAUUGACAAUUCCACCAGCGAACAGCCCUGGGAUUGCAUCAAUCUUGGCAAUGCACUCCUCGUCUAUGCCAGUUGUUGUUUAACGGGUCGGCAGUUUCCACGUAAAAGCGAGUUGCCAGAAGGAUUGCCGCGCAAAGUCAAAGCCGACGUUCUUAGGGCUUUAUUAUCGAUACACUCGAGCCGUGCAAGCGACGUUGAACGACAGUAUCCUUAUCUCAGGACUUUGUUGAGAUUUGAUGCUAAGGGCUUUCUUGACGCUUUGGCGAUGGCCUUUCAAGAACCUGAGUUCACGUCAGAGAUGGGUCUGCGACAGCGACAACGGGUCGUUGACAUUCUCUUUAACAUCGUCACAGCGAAUACGCCUCUUGGUUCUGAGAAUUUGGAUUGCUUGACAGAUGAGCAAAAAAUAUUUGUCCUAGCAUUCAUCGUGGAUGAGGUUGUCGAGUGCACCGUAAAUCUUGAAUCGAGUUCUUUGCACAAGGUCAUUGAAAUGUUGUGCAUUGAAACGAGUGAUAAUCACAAGACGAGACGAGAAAGUGCCAUUCUCAAACUUUUGCACAACAACAAGCUGGGUGGCAUUCCAGAAACGAAACUCCUGGAUUUGAUGCGCAGAGCUAAUUUCUUGCAUGUUUUGGAACAGUUACAUUCAAACCGAGGCGAUUGGGAAUCAGUCUGCGAAUGCAUGAUAGCCGAUCCUGCACGACAUUCCGAAGUGAUACCACUGCUUCAGCAACUGCCAACUAUACAAAUCGAUGACAUUGCCAAGAUGCACGCGAGUGACCUUGUAAAUAUCGAUGUAUCUGGUUUUGCUGGCGUUAUUGUUUCUCGUUUACCUGAUCAGAUUAGCAAUAUUUUGGAGUGCCUCAAGGACGAGCCAAAAUAUGAAUACGCACUCUUAUCCGCGUUAUUUGGCUGUGCUGAUAACAAGGAGCCAGAGCAAAGAGUUGUUUAUGAUAAAAGUAAGGAGGAGACUGAUAAACCAAGUUUGAAUAACAUUGCAAAACCAGAGCUACCGCAGUUAGCUCUGGAGAGGUUUCUACAACUCAUGUGCGAUAUUGAACCUGAUAGGGUCAUGAGACAUCUCCAAGAGUCUCACGGGUGUCAGCCAGAACGUGUUCAGCAAAUUGUGCAGGAAGUGAAUCGCAGGGACGCGCAAGCUCUGCUUCUCGAGCAAUCGGGUAACUAUCAGGAUGCCUUUGAUCUUCUGCUUGGUCAACUUAAUGAGAUAACUAGUGUGAGUACACAAGAUGAAUCGAAGGAAGAUGACGCCAUUCAAGUAACGUCACAAUUGUCCAGCAUGUGCAGAAGAUCAGCGGGCAUACUUGAUUGGCUACCACUUGUUAAUGCGGUACUGAACUUGCAACGAUUUUCCAACAAUGAUCAAAAAAAUAAAAAACUGUUGGGCGAAAAACUAUUGAAAGUAAUUUUACAAGCACUUAGCGGUACGACUGCUCUGUCGAGCGUUUUGGAGCACAUUUUAAAGCAACCUUUGUGUACCGGAGGUACAAUGGGAGAUGUGAGGCAAUUGUUGACCAGUGUUUUAACCCAAACGGGGUACGAACAGGUGCUUGUAGAAACUACGGCGAGGCUGGUCAGUCUCGAACUGCAUGAAGCUUUAAAAAAAACCCUCAAGGAAGCUAGUAAAGCGCGUGUCGGCAAUUCGUUAAUUUGUCAAGUCUGCAGGAAGUCUUUAGCCAGUACUGCAGAUUACGUUGUGAUAUUUAGUUGUAAUCAUACAUAUCAUACAGAAUGUCUUAAAGAACCAAAAGCUUGUUACGAAUGUCAAAGAACAAAAGGUUGGGCGCAUCCUGUUACUGACUUUGUGCCUCCUGCACCUAAAAGUACAAAUUCCAGGGAAAGAAGACUGGAGCCUCCAGCAUUUAUGCGGAACAAAUUUAGUGAAUUAAGACUAGCACCACCAGUUCCUUGGCCUGACUUGGACGACGUUUUAUAGUCUAGUCAGAAAUGACGUUACAACUCAAGUUAUUCCAUUAAAAAGUUUAUCAAGCCAAAUCUAAGUCAAUGUUGCAUCUUACCACUCAGCCAUUUGUACAUUUGUAUACGUACUGUAGAUAUUUGUAAAUUUAUCCAUGCACGAUGUAAAAAAAAUCAAGUGUUAAUUAAAGCUAUCUCACUCUUUAGUGAUGAAGCAGGUUUCAGUUUCCUUCAUGUUACAUAAUUCAUUAUUCAAAUGUAUUCUAAAAUUGUAAGUAAAGCUAUUUUAUCAAAGUGAAAAA